GCUCACUUUGCUUUCGGUCUCUCUCUCUCUCUCUCUCUCUCUCUCUCUCUUUCUGAAACUCCCUCAAUCACCCACCUCCCCACCCACUCUGGCACACACACGCACACCCAGCUCCGAGGAGACGUCAGCUUGUUGUUAUGGAUUAGAUCCAUUCGCUGGGCUCACCGUGAGCAUGUGUUGUGGCUCCGUUCCUUCUGUCUUGCGGACAGCGGCAGUGCCCUGAUCCCCGUCCUCCCGCCCCCAUCUGAGAACAUGGCCCCGUGCCAGGAUCAGGUCGUUAACGGCACGCGGCGGACCCCCAGCCGAGACUGAGCAGCUGGCCCGGCCAGAGAACAGCACAAGACAGCGGCUCCACGGAGAGACCGAGGCGAGGUGAGAAGAGAGCCGGGAGACAGACAGCGCAAGCGAGGUGGAGGACAAUAAUGACAGCUGCUGGCCUCUGGCUGCUGGGAUGCUGAACAAGCCGGUCUUCUUCUCCUAAACUUUCCGAGGGAUCUGACGUUUUGGUUUUUGGGGCACCUGGCUUGCAUGCUCCUGUCUGCUCCAGACAUGAUGGAGUCCCCAACGAAGGAGAUUGAGGAGUUUGAGAGCACCUCCCUAAAGUAUCUGCAGCCAGAGCAGAUUGAGAAGAUCUGGCUCCGACUUCGCGGACUGAGAAAAUACAAGAAGACAUCGCAAAGACUGCGGUGCCUGGUGAAGCAGCUGGAACGAGGUGAGGCAUCCCUCUCUGACCUGAAGAAAAACCUUGAAUAUGCUGCCUCUGUCCUGGAGUCCGUCUACAUCGAGGAAACAAGGAGGCUUGUGGACACAGAAGAUGAGCUCAGUGACAUCCAGUCAGACUCGGUGCCCUCGGAGGUGAGAGACUGGCUCGCCUCUACCUUCACACGCCAGAUGGGCCUGAUGCUGCGGCGGACGGAGGAAAAGCCCCGAUUUCGUAGCAUCGUGCACGCUGUGCAGGCCGGGAUCUUCGUGGAGAGAAUGUACCGUCGGACUUCGAACAUGGUGGGACUCAGUUAUCCCCCAAGCGUCAUUGCUGUUCUUAAGAAUGUUGACAAGUGGUCAUUCGACGUCUUUGCACUGAAUGAUGCCAGUGGGGACCAUGCUCUGAAAUUCAUAUUUUACGAUUUACUCACACGGUACGACCUGAUCAGCCGAUUCAAGAUCCCCAUCUCUGCGCUGGUGUCCUUUGUGGAGGCCCUAGAGGUGGGUUACAGCAAACACAAGAACCCCUACCAUAACCUUAUACAUGCUGCAGACGUCACACAGACCGUCCACUACCUUCUGCUGAAAACCGGAAUGGUGCACUGGCUAACGGAGCUUGAGAUUUUCGCCAUGAUCUUUGCUGCCGCAAUCCACGAUUAUGAACACACGGGGACCACCAACAACUUCCACAUACAGACAAGAUCUGACACUGCUAUACUGUACAACGAUAGGGCGGUGCUGGAAAGCCACCACGUGAGCGCAGCCUACCGCCUCCUGCAGGACGACGAUGAGAUGAACAUCCUGUACAACUUGUCGAAAGAUGACUGGAGGGAGCUACGGGCCCUGGUGGUGGAGAUGGUCCUGGCUACAGACAUGUCCUGCCACUUCCAGCAGGUGAAAGCUAUGAAGAAUUUACUGCAGCAACCUGAGGGGAUUGACAAGCCCAAAGCUUUAUCUCUUCUACUGCACACAGCAGACAUCAGCCACCCAGCCAAGAACUGGGACCUACACCAUCGCUGGACCAUGUCCCUCUUAGAGGAGUUCUUCAGACAGGGAGAUAAGGAGGCAGAGCUCGGGUUACCCUUCUCCCCCCUCUGUGACCGCAAGUCCACCAUGGUGGCCCAGUCCCAGAUUGGGUUCAUUGACUUCAUCGUGGUGCCCACAUUCACUGUACUGACAGACAUGACUGAGAAAAUAGUGACACCACUCAUCGAUGAAGCAACCCACUCGGGCUUCACGGGGCUCCGUCGCUCCAGUCUGAACAGCAUCAACUCCACAGAAACAAAGCGCUCCAGCACAAGGGCUGCAGGUUCGGAGGGCAAUGCUUCCCUCAACUGCUCCCUUCUCACUGUGGACCUGAAGAACUUCAAGGCCCUCUGGAAUGAGGAGGUCUCCCAGAACAGGGAGAAGUGGAAGGCACAGGCCGCAAAAGACCUGGAGGAGAAAGCCAAACGUGAAGCGGAGGAGAAGGAACGGCAGGGGGUCGCCCAGUCGGACCAGCCGCUCCCAACCGAAGCGGAUGCUGGGGAGAAAGAGGGGGAGGUUGACCAAGGGCCCAAGUCCCAGGAGAUAAAUGGGCCACAGGAUGGAAACAUGGAGAACCUCCAGAAUAAGGCAGAGCCCAGCCAGGAGCUGCAGAACGGAGAAGUUCAGGAGCACACUGUCUCUGCUGGCAAUGAUGAAAAUGAAAAAAAGAUACCAACAGAAAAUGAUGUGGAAUGAGUGGAACCCUUGACCAUUCCAUGCGUCCCCCUCCCUUCUUUCAGCAAAGACUACGGAUGCUGGAAGGACCCCUGUCAAUGACAUUAAUUUACCAUUUUUCUUUGCCAUUUUUUACGAUCAAGUAAAUGAGCGUUUCACAGGGUUCUAGUGUCAUUCAAUGUAACUGGCUAGACAGAGAGUGAUAAAGAUGGAGUUAAACCACAAAACAGGGGAAGACAGACAUCCCAGAAUGCAAUUUUCAUGGCACUGCAGUCUCUGAUGAACUAAGCUUGCUAUGUAUACCUGUGCAGAAAUGGCCAAACUGGCCUUCUUGUCAUCAUCAUUAUUAUUAUUAUUAUUAUUAUUAUUGUUAUUAUUAUUAUUUUUAUUAUUUUUACCA